AUGGAAGCUCAUCUUCCACGGGAGCUGGGUGAAACUGAAGCUUUGGGCAUCAUAGAAGAUACAGGUGAUGGUAGAGGGAGUUCAAGGCUCAGAAGAUGGUGUGCAGUUGCCGCUGCCACAAAGCCAAAGGUUGAGGCAUUGUUCAACGGGACUGUAGACCUGUCUUGUAAUUUUAAGAAUCCUGAAGGAAUCAGCCUGGAAGAACUACUGAUAUUUUGGCAAGAUGCUAAUGAUCUUGUUCUGUAUGAGCUAUAUCAAGGAAGAGAGAAGCAAGAUCACAUCCAUGAGAAGUACCUUAACCGAACCGAGUACAACCAAACCACGUGGACUUUACAACUCCGGAAUAUCCAGAUUGAGGAUCAGAGGGAAUAUAAAUGUUUAGUCCAACACCGUAGCCCCAGAGGCUUAGUUCUUGUCCAUCGGUUUUCUUUUCAGCUGUUUGUCUUUGCUCCUUUCAGUCAACCUGAAAUAACACGACUUGAUAACAUGACAGUAAAAAUUGGGGACGUGUUGAAUUUUUCCUGCUCUUCUGAACAAGGAUAUCCAGAACCUGAGGAGAUGUACUGGAUGAUAACAACUGAAAACUCUACCAAGAUUCCUGGCAUCAUGGAUUUAUCCCAAGAUAAAACCACUCAACUCUACAAUGUUAGAAGUACCUUGACUCUGACCUUUAAUGAAACUACCAGGACUAACAUCAGCUGUUACCUACAGACUGUGAGACAAAAGGAACCCCUUAUUUCCAAGAUUCUGACUAUAGAGAUACAGUCCAAUGAAGACCUGGGAAACAAUCAUCUCGAAGUGAUUCUUGGGGUUUUAGCAGUUUUAGCAGUACCUAUUGUCAUAGUCAUCUUUUGUUGGAUAAAACGCCGCUAUCUCUGUUGUCAAAGAGGAACUACUAAGGAGAAGGGAGAAGAUCCUGGACAUUUGGAAGAAAAGCAAGCACUUCCAACCACAGGACACACAGAACAGGAAGAGAAAUAGGAGCUUAGAGGAUAGAUGGAUCUAUGCUGAUUUUUUUUAAAAAGGUUGAUUAGUCAUAAACAUGUGGUUUUUUUUGUUACCUUUUCAUUCCUUCAUUUCUAAUGAUAAUAAAU